CAUGAAAACCAGCCGACAGAUGGGUAAAUAACCAUCACAUUUGAAGAGGGGCUUUUCGAGCGUUGGCUUAGUAAGCAUUUGCAACAUUCAGCAACAUUAAUAUGAUAAAUUGAAAACACUUAUUACCAGUGAUAAAAAGAUAUAAAUUAUACUGUUCAUCUUUGCGCAAUAGAGAGGACCAUAUAAGCUUGUCGUGAACUAAAUUAAAGAAAACGUGUUCAAAGGAUUGCGGUAGAGAGGAAGCAUAUCCGACCUGGCGUAUAGCAGCUGAAAACGCGUAGUUUAUAGAUCAAAUCUAAGAGGAAAAAAAACAAGAUGAGAUUUGCAAUAAGCUGUUUUGUUAUCUAUUUAACAUUCUUUACAACAAGAGUCGUUGCAAGGGAAACACUGCAGUUACAGAGCAAGGACUACAUGAAGUAUUCCAGAAGCGUAAUGGACGGUGCGAAAAUGGGCCUUAAGCAAUGUCACGAAGAGUUCAAACAUGAGCCAUGGAAUUGCAUCGUUCCGAAGGAAUUUAAAAUCAUGCCAAUAGUCACUAAAGCACGAUUCUCCGAAGCCAAUAAAGAAGCAGCUUUCGUUCACGCAAUAACAUCAGCUGGAGUGAUGUAUUCAGUGAUAGUGAACUGCAGUUUAGGUCACCUCGAGAAUUGUCGAUGUCAGCCAAAAAAUCGUGUAAAAAUCCGUUCAAAAACUGAAGAAACACAAAACUGGCGUUGGGGUGGCUGUAGCGAUAACUUUGCGUUUGGAGACCUGGUUGCGCGACAUUUUAUUGACGCCCUUGAAGGCAAACAUGGAAAUGAAAACGAAGAUCGUCGUGUUAUGAAUUUACAUAACAAUAAAGUUGGAAGAAAAAUUGUCAAGGCAACAACAAAGAAAGUUUGCAAGUGUCACGGUUCUUCCUCUUCCUGCACCUUCAAAACAUGUAUGAAAAAGUUGGAAAAAUUUGAGAAAGUUGGUGAUGUUUUAGUGUCAAAAUAUCAUAAUGCAAUCAAAGUUAGUUACAAAAAUGGCACUCUACGAGACAAGGACAACACAGUUAUGAAGAAAAAGACAACUCUUGUUUACUACAAGCCUUCACCUGACUACUGCAAAAGAAAUGAAGCAUUAGGUCUUGUAGGUGUCAAAGAUAGAGUAUGUGAAUCAAAUAAUCAGGUUGACUUUAAAAAAUGUAAAGAGCUUUGCAAUGGAUGUGGUUUCAAAAUGAAACUGAAAAUCAUCACCCGUAUUGAGAAAUGUAACUGCAAAUUCCAAUGGUGCUGUUUUGUCAAAUGUGAGGAAUGCAAGAAACAGGUUGUUGUGGCAACAUGCGAAGGUUAAAGUAGAAAUAGUUAUAUGGUAAAAUGGUUUUGUAAAAAUACAAUGAUAAAGAUAAAUGGAGUAUAUGUAUUACUUAACAAGAGUCUCUUGUUGAAAUCCUUUAUUAAUGUUUACUAGGUUUAGCAAAAUGAAAAAUAAAUUCAAAAAUCAUA